CCAAAAUGAGGGCGCAGAGCUGGUUUGUGUUUGACAGAAUCGAUAGUUGUACACAAAACAUUGGAAAAUGAGUACGAAACGCCAGUUAAAUGUUGAAGUUACUAGUGUGAUAAAAUAGCUUGAAAAUUGAUUUAUCAAUCAUGAUAACGUGGACGACGAUGAUCCGCUCAUCAUCACAAUUCACUUCGAUUCACUUCGGCAAUAUUUGAAUAAACAAUCAUCAUGACCCUUUACUUCGAUAUUCGCGUGCAAAAUUCAGAGACAGCAUCGAUCAACACGAUAGCAACAUGGCACAACAAUUACCCACUACUCGGUGUAGCUGCGUAUUCCCAGGAUCGAGGUGGCUUCGUAACAAUCUACGAUGAUCAAGGUGAGCCCAUCCCUGAUGUUGAAUCGUCAGGGCACUCGGUGGCCCAAGUGACGUCUCUCUCGUGGCACCCGGAGAAAAGAUGUCUAGUUACUGGCUGGGAGAGUGGAGAGAUCAGAAUUUGGUCAGGUGACACAGUAAAUGGUGAGUUCAAUCUCACUGUAACACCUCACAAGGAUCCUAUAAGCCUUUUGGAGUGGAGCCAGCAUGGAGGAAGACUGGUAUCCGCCGACACUAGGGGAUCUAUCGUUGGCUGGAAGAUGGACACCAGGGGACAAUUGCUGAUUGUCUUUCAUCAUGAAUUAAAUGAGAGCUUCACACAGAUUGCUUUUAAAAUUUCACAACCGAAGUCUGGAGUUGAUCUGAGUGACUUAGCAAAGGCCGCCGUUGCUGGGGACGAGAGAGCCCUCGAUCUCUUCAGCACUUGGAGGCCCAGAACUGCAGCCCCAAGUGCUGUUCAUGUGCAGAAAGAUAAUUUGACGUUUUACAUUGGCUCUUCUCACGGAACUAUCUAUUACAUCGAUGCUCAGGGGCAGUGCAUGGAGGUAUUGAAUACCGGAGGACUGAGUUUACACUGCCUUCUUCAUCAUCCCAGUAGAGAUUCACUUGUUAUCAUGACUGAGGGACUGACAAUCGGACACUUUCAGAGUGAAUCUACCACUGGAAGACUCACAGAGUUGUCAAAGGUGAAAUUGAGUGGCAAAAGCGACUACUCGAGGGCUGGUCCAGCCCUCUGCUGGGUUGGAACCAAUACUCUGGCGGUUUUAACUGGCGAAUUGAGUGUCAGGUGUUGGGAUUUGUUCACUGGUGACACAUAUGUCCUCACACCGAUUGAAUCCACCAGUGGAAACCUCGCGACACCUCAGGAGAUCUACACCAGUCUUGCAUUCUGUAAGAGCAACGAAACCCUCGCUGCUGGAACAAAUCUGGGCACCAUCUACCUCUGGAGGAAGAAGAAUGCCUCCAUUACUGAUGAGUAUGGCUGGCCGACAGUUCCAAAAACCUGCUCCGUUCAUGGAACCGUUAAACAACUCACCUGGGGAGGUAAUCUCCUGAGAAAUCCUUUGCUCGCUGUCAAUUGCAUCACCAAUGUCUUCAUUCUUCACCAGCAGUCUAUGUGCGCUGUCUACAACGAUGGGACUUGCGCCAGUCAAGUGGCACCCAUGCAGAUUCUCCUUGAAACUGAGAAUCGAAAUUGUAUUCUCAAAACUGAUCUCCAGGUCCAGGUGCUCGCCGUCAGCAGGGAUUUCGUGGCUGUCUCCUCCUGUCGACAGGUCGCUGUUUAUCGUAUCAACAGAGAGGGCAAGUUGAAUACAACAGUUGUGGGCUCUUUCAGCUGUGACAAUGAGAAAAUUCUCAUUUACGAGAAUACCCUGGUGAUUUUAACUCCCACUGUCAUUCAAUUAAGAUCAACCGACGGUUCUCUUCUCCAAAGUCUGCCAACACUUCCUGAAGAGGGUGAACCCAUCACAAUGGAGCUCACAGGACAGUACCUAACAGUUGCCUCUCUGAAUGGAAUCCUCAAGAUCUGGGACAUUGGGAAGAGAGAGGCUAAACUUCACACUAGAGCCAUGACCGCUUACGAAGCCAUUAAUGACUUUGCCGAGAUAAUCGAGGCCCGUUGCAACUCUGAUUGUCGAUGUGUAUCCAUCACUGUUGCCAUGUCCAAUCUACUCCCAAGUUCGAUUCUCUAUAUUUGGGACAUCGAGGGUGAUCAGAUCCACGAGUUUGACUUCUCCAAAUUAAACGAGAGUAUUGAGACAGAUGGUACGAAUGCAAAGUCCAGGGGGAGACUGCCAACCGCCCACUGCUGGGACAGCAGUGACCCCCGGGUAUUGAUUUGUCGGGCGCAGAGAAUAGAAUUCAAAGAAAGUAAAAACUCCGGCAAAACAAACGUCUCCAAUAACGAUGAUACAUCGGUUAUCUUGGUGUCUAUGUUUGCAACACCAGAUCAUGGUGUGGCUGUUCAGGAUAUUCGCCCUGUGAAGGAUGCGAGCACACGUUUGCUGGGCGUUCACUCUCCAGACAUAAUUCUCCUGAGUCCGGAGAUGGCGGCAGGCGAGGGAAGCAAAGUCACGAGAUUAUUAAUGAGAGAAUUCGAGGAGUUGGGACCGUACGAUGAGCCAACGAAGAAAGCUAUUAUGGAUUUCAGUUUUCAUAUUAGCAUGUCGAAUAUGGAUGAGGCGUUUAAGUCGAUAAAGUCGAUUAAGAACGAGACGGUUUGGAAGAGUUUGGCGAAAAUGUGUGUUAAGACGAAACAGCUGGAUAUGGCUGUGCUUUGUCUAGGGCACAUGAAGCAUAUGAGGGGGGCCAGGGCAAUCAGGGAGGCCAUGCAGGAUAAUAGUCUGAAUCUUGAAGUAAAAGUUGGUGUUCUUGCCGUGGAACUAGGGCUCUACGCCGAUGCUGAACGACUCUUUCGUGAGGGUAAACGACUGGAUUUUUUGGGGAGUCUUCUGGAGGCCUCCAAUAAAUACCCAGAGGCCAUUCUCCUAGCCAGCAGUGAAAAUAAGAUACGGGAGAAAUUGAGUUAUUAUAAUUAUGGAAAGGCACUGGAGCAGGAGGGGAAUGUGGAUAAGGCGAUUGAAAUGUAUUCGAAAGCUGAUUGCCAUCGAUUUGAAGUCCCCAGGAUGCUUCUCAGCCGCCCUAGGGAGUUGCAGGAGUAUUUGUCAAGCUCUGACGAUCCGGAGAUAAAAAAUUGGCAUGCUCAGUACGUCGAGUCAACAGGUGACAUGGCGGGUGCAUUGCGCCUCUAUGAAACAGCUAAAGAUACAUUAGCAGUAACGCGGCUACUCUGUUAUCUUGGACGUGAGGAGGAAGCCUGUGAACUCGUGAUGAAGACAAAUCAUGCUGCCUCGGCUUAUCAUCUUGCUGCGCAUUAUGAGUCUUUGAAUAUUUUAUCGCAGGCUGUUCAUUUCUAUACGAUGGCUAAGGCAUAUACGAAUGCUAUCCGCAUUUGCAAGGAACACAAUAUGACAGAGGAGCUAUGGCCGCUGGCAAUGCUUGCCCCCCGACAGACUCAAAUCGACGUGGCCAAAUAUUUCGAGGAGAAUGACCAACCAGAUAAAGCUAUAUUGCUCUACCACAAAGCCAACCUUCUGCCAAAAGCCCUUGAUCUCGCUUUCAAUACCCAACAAUACAACGCUCUCCAGUCAAUCACAAUGGAUAUUAAUGCAGAGUCGGAUCCCGGUCUUGUGAAGAAAUGCGCUGUUUUUUUCUGUCAAAAUCAUCAGCUGGACAAAGCGGUGGACCUAUUAGCUACAGGCAAAAAAUACACUGAGGCGCUGGAUUUAAUUGAAGAGCACAACAUUAAUCUGACCGAGGAUUUGGCUGAAAAAAUGACGAUAAUGAAGGUUGAGAAUGAUCCGGAGCGUGAAGCCCUGAGGAUAUCAAUUCUCGAGAGAAUUGGAGAGAUAGCAUUUGAUCAGGGUAAUUAUCAUCUGGCAACGAAGAAAUUCACUCAGGCGGGAAAUAAACUGCGAGCUAUGAAAGCAUUAUUAAAAUCUGGUGAUACUGAAAAAAUAUGUUUUUUCGCUCAAGUGUCACGUCACAGAGACAUAUACAUAAUGGCAGGUAAUUACCUCCAGUCACUGGACUGGCAGAAUCAACCUGAUAUUCUGAAGAACAUAAUAAAUUUUUACUCCAAGGGAAAAGCGAUGGAUUUACUAGCCAAUUUCUACGUGGCAUGUGCACAAGUGGAGAUCGAUGAAUUUCAGAAUUACGAUAAAGCACUGGAUGCAUUGAAUCAAGCUGCAAGAUGUCUUGCUAAAGUUACAUCCCCGAGAGACCUUGAAAUACACAAACGUGCAAUUGACAUCGUAAAUACUCGUAUGGGCAUAAUAAAGCGCUACUUGGAUGUGAAAAAAACAUUGGAUAGGGGUGAGACUGAGUCUGGUAUGGCACAGGUACGACAACUUUUGGAUACAUUUGGCGAGGGCUUAGAACAGUCUGUUAGACGUGGAGAUUUGUUUGCAACGAUAACACAGCACUAUGCAGACAGUGGUAAUACUGAGAAAGCUCGUGCUACAAUUGAGGAGUUGAAACGACUGGUACCAGGAAUUAAUUUGAGUUAUUACUACAAUGUCAACUUGCUUGAGGCACUUGGGUACAGAAUGAGUGUUCAACGAAGAGAAAGUUUGGAUAAAGAUGAUGGGAUUGAGGAACUUUUGGGAGAGUAAUUUUCUGCACUAGUGAGCAUUAGAGAGUGCUUUAUCACUUUAUACAAAUUCCGUCCACUUUAGUGAUUGUUUUUACAUUCUCAUUAUGAGAGAAUUAUUUUUCAACGAGCAGUUGAGGUAGAGUUUCAAGUGUUACGAGUCACAAUUGUAAUUGAGAUGAGCCACAAAAAUAUAUGAAAAAAUGUCAAUCAACUUUUUUAUUAAUACAACUUAUUAUUUUUUUUCAAUCAUCGUCGUACAUCCUAAUCACACUCCAGGUAUGUCCCUGUCAAUAACAGAGUUAAAAAGGACUUGGAACACGAAUGAGAAUGCUGUUCAGGUGCAUCUCUACAACGAAGUACAUGUUCCAAUCAAAACGAUGUCACUCAAAAAUUGAAUAAUAAAUAAACUAACACCUAACGCUAUCCUCAUUCAUCAAUUGAGUAAUUAUCAUAUUGUUAAAAAAAAGAAAAGGUUCAAACAUUGUUGCCAUACAGAGAAAAGAAAUUCAAAAAAAAUUUUCGCAGUUUUAUGACGGCACUCGUCUCACAACUUACACUCUUAUUAAAACUAUUCAGACAACUCCAGACAUUUACUCAUGAGAAGAUACGAAGGGAUGUUUUGUCUUUUUUAAUAAGACGAGAAAAAAAUUCAA